AUGGGUCGAGCUCCUUGUUGUGAUAAGGACAACGUGAAAAAGGGACCAUGGUCACCAGAAGAGGAUGCUAAGCUUAAGGCUUAUAUUGAUCAGUUUGGUACUGGAGGCAACUGGAUUGCACUUCCUCAAAAAAUUGGGCUUAAGAGAUGCGGAAAGAGUUGCAGACUGAGAUGGUUGAAUUACUUGAGGCCUAACAUCAAGCAUGGUGGAUUCUCUGAGGAAGAAGACAGCAUCAUCUGCAACCUCUACAUAAGUAUUGGCAGCAGGUGGUCCAUAAUUGCUGCACAAUUACCAGGAAGAACAGAUAACGAUAUCAAGAACUAUUGGAACACAAGACUGAAGAAGAAGCUACUAGGAAGACGCAAACAGUCUAGCAUCAACCGGUUAUCAUCCACGAAUCCAGAUGCCAACUUGGCAGAAGAUAGCUCAUCUUCACAGGCCUUAAGCAACUCAGCACUUGAAAGGCUCCAGCUUCAUAUGCAGCUUCAAAACCCUAUCUCUUUCUACAACAAUCCAUCACUGUGGCCCAAGUUGCACCCUUUCCAAGAGAAGAUGCUCCUCCAAUCUUUGAGUGAAAGCUCUAACCCCCUUAUGCAAUAUGCCUUCCCUAGUCCUCAACAAGGGGAUGAACAAAAGGUUGAUAUCUAUGGACAGCUAGUUGAUUCUGAAACACUGCAACAAGGUCAUCCAAAAUUCAGCAAUUCAAACGUAGCUGGCUUGGAGAAUUCUUUGAACGCUAUAACAUCCUCAGACAGUUCUAUUCCCUUCACCAAUGGUAACCAUGUAAUGGACUUGACUACAGUACCAAGAGCAGGCAUGGUAGAGAAAUCUGAUGCAGCAGCCCAGCCAGUUGUUUCGAAUUUCCAAUCUGAGCUCGAAAACUUUCUCAACAGCAAAUCAUCUGGUUUUACUGCACAGGAGGAUCAGAUAGGUGAAUUUGAUUGUUUUAAAGAAAUGAAUGGUUCUAGGGGCGGCAUGAAUUGGUGGUCUAAUGACUUCGAGACAAAAUCAGCCUCCUCGAAUUCUUGGGAUUCCACUUCUGCUCUUCAGUCAGAAGGGAUGUUUCAAGAUUAUGAAUUAGGCUACACUAUGUAA